UCCUCAGAACUUUAUUUGUCAUUCAUCUUAUAACUGAAGGCUGAUGCCCUUUGACCAGCAUCUCCCCAUUUCCCCUACUUUCUAGCUCCUGAUAUCCACCAUUCUCCUCUUUGUUUCUAUGAGUUUGACUUUUUAAAUUAAAAAAAAUUGCGUUUUUAGAUUCCACAUACAAGUGAGGUCCUGUGGUAUUUGUCUUUCUCUGUUUGGCUUACUUCGCUUAGCAUCAUGUCCUCCACUUUCAUCCAUGUGGUCCCAAAUGGCAGGGUUUCCUUCUUGCUCAUGGCUGAGUAAUAUUCCAUCGUCUGUAUAUACCACAUCUUCAUCCGUCACACACUCAGCUAUUGUGAUUAAUGCUGCAGGGAACAGGGGAGUCCAAGUAUCCUGAGGAAAUCUUCCUUAAAUUGUUUCUCCACAAGACUGCUGAGUAGUCUAUUACAGCGAUAUUGCUCAAAUAAUCCUUUGAAGAGACCAUACCAAUUUGACAGCUAAAUUUUAUGAGAUUUAAUAAUACACGAGGAUCCAUUUUAUCUGGUUUUAAUGAAAAGUAAGAUUAAUCCCUACCUCCCACCCCCACUGUUUUGGGCAAGUAUAUUGAUCAGCAGUGACUUAUGUUUUAGCUUAAUUGUAAACUCUCAUUAGGCUCCUUCAUUUGCUUCAUUUAUAAUAUAUAUUUCCUUCAGGGAUUAACCUCUUUCUCUGCUUACUUCACUGCUGUCUGGUGGCCACUAAAAGUAAUGAUACGACAUUUAUAGAAUGCCUACUGUGUGCCAGGCACAGUGAGGAUGUCAGAUGAUUCAGAUAUGCCACAGUUCAGCGACAGAUUCUGACAGUGAGUUAGCAGAACAAUUGCGUCUUUGGGUCUGCUAACCCUCAUAAGAGGCAGAGAACAUCAGAAUUGCAUUGAUAGUGAUAUGAUAUAGCCUUGUAAUUAAUGUUGCUAAAGCACAGAUCUAAUCAGAUCGAAAAUUUAAGUGGCUGCCUUCUAAGUAAAAGAACUGUUUUUUGGUCUGGCAUUCAAGGCCAGCAUAAUUGGGUUUGGGUCUUCAUUAUUCCCAAUUUCUACGAUUCUUCCUCAUGAACAUUAUUCUCUGGGGAAAUAGAAUGCCCUUUAGUCCAUAUGUAUGUCUCUUUCUCACCUCGGUGCUUCGAUUGUUACUUCAGCUCUUGGAAUGCCUAUCCUCCUUCAGCUUUUCCAAAUCGUACUUAUUUCUUAAUAUCUAGAGAAUAUGGUCACUUACUGUAUGCUUAUUACAUGCAAGGCUCUAUUCUUUGUGCUUUACCUGGAUUAAUUCAUUUAAUUUUCACUACAGUCCUCUGUGGUUGACGCUGUUGUUGUCCUUAUUGUGCGAAUGAAGAAACUGGAGCACAGAGAGGUUAAAUAACUUGCUAGAGAUGCUGCAGCUCUUAGGAGUGAUCUGGGAUGUGAACCCAAGCCGUCUUGUUCCAGCGUCUGUGUUUUCAGCCAUCAUGCUUUACUGCGUGUCACUGUAUAGAUAGCCUAAGCAAAUUUAGCAGCUAGUUUUGGGAACAGAAGAUUGAAUAUAAGCAAAGGCGAUCACUGUUUUAGCUGCUAGAGAGAAUUUGUACCUUGGUCCUCUUGAGAAAUAUACUUCUUUUUUUUUUGUAAUUCUGAAUUAUUUUGUUAGGAUUAUUUAAUUCAUUUUUCUCAGUCAUUCACGAAUUUUUCACGUAAGGAGUAGGAGUACCUGCAUUGGAGAGGGUUCACUUUAGAUUGGACGUAUUUAAAUUGCUUCUUAGAAAAUCUCCCGUGUUCUAUGAUUCUAACCUUAGGGUCUUAACUGAGGGCUUAUUUGGGCACUUAAGCAGAUACAAAACUUCUCAAGGAAAAAUUUGGCCCUACUCAGAGGAACUUCUGAAUCCCACCUUUUUGUGGCUAUGCGUACCCCUCCCCCGGAAAGCAGUGCAAGAAUGGAUGUUAAACUUCUUUUCAGCCUCUUUAAUUUUCAGGAUAAACUCUGGCUUGUCACAAGCUAAAGCAUAAACAUGUCCCUUUAUUCAGUAGCGUGGAAGAUGAGCAUUUCAGGCGCCGGUUGGAGAGCCUGCUGUAGGGCUGAUGCCUGAGACAGUGGAUUGUUUGAGGAUAAUGUAGCACAGCGCUUCCCAAAUGAGCUACUUCAGAGUUGGUUGGAAUGCGUGUUAAAAAUUCUCUGUCUUUAUGUGGCCUAAAGUUGGAAUCUGAGAUUGAGUAAAUUUUCUCAUAAGCUGUUAUAGAUGGUGUUUCUAAGAUUAUUUCAUCUAUAUUAUGGGCUUAAUAGGCAUUGAUGGGCCAUCUAUUUCGGAAAUGUUCUAUAGGAAAAUGGAAUUCAGAGGUCAAAAGUAGGUACAGUACUUAGAAACGUUUGGAACGUGGCCUGUUUUUGAGUCAAACUCUGCCAAGUCAAUCUUUUCCUCCUACUUUGCUUACAGAUACCUAGAAAGGAAAAAUUAAUUUUCCACCUUUCACGUUGCUAAGCGAUAUAUGGAAUUAAUUCAUAGGAGGAAGAUAUUCUUCCUAUUCAGGCAGAAUAAAAACUGAGUAAUCCAGAUAAUUGAGGAAUUUCCACCCAUUUACUGGUUUGAGUUUCUUUAAGAACGUUAGACUCAGAACACAUCUAGAGUUACAGUAUGUUUGCGGGCUUUAGUGGAAGAAAUUAUUCUUGACUUUCUUUGCUGUAUAUCAAUAUGAGUAAUAAACUCUUGUGAUCUAAUUAUCCAAUAUAUCUAUUAAAAGCUGUGUGUAUAUUGCUGAAAACAGGCAUAUUCCAUGCUAUUUUUGAGCUUCAACUUUAAAUAAAAGCUACCAUUGUGUGCUUAAAAGAACAAGAAAUAAACCCAAAAAAACAACAAGGGCAGCAAGGCAACCAUUUGCCUUCUUAAAAUGAAUUUGUGUGCAGUUCAUGAAUUUGUUAAUUUCUAUGUUGACAUCAAAACUAAAAUCAGAAUUUGACUCGAGAAUGUUUAGGUAAUACUGUAUAUAUUUUGAGUCUAACUUUUGGUAGAAGGAAUUCUUUGAAAAAAUGAACUCUGUCUCAAUUGACAUGAGUGAUUUUAACGUAAGCAAUUCUGUGGGAUGGGAAGGGGGUAGAAAUCAAACUAGUUUUACCAUACCCAAAUCUUUUUAUAGCACAUUCGAGUUGUCAACACGUUUCCUUUACAAAUAAAAUUGUUUGAUAGAAUAAUUGUAUUAUUUUUCCCAGUACGAUGUGAUUAAAAACUCAAGGCCCAAAUUUAUUUUAGGGCUUGAUUAAAAGUAUUUGCUGGGGCCGGCCCUGUGGUGUAGUUUUGAGUUUGGCAUGCUCCACUUUGGCAGCCCAGGUUUGCAGGUUUGGAUACUGGGCAUGGAUGUACACCACUGGCCAGACAUGCUAUGGUGGCAACCCACAUAGAAAAUAGAGGAAGACUGGCACAGAUGUUAGCUCAGGACAAAUCUUCCUCAGCAAAAACAAAAACAAAACUCAAAAAAAGUCUUUGCUUCUAUGGAAGAAAAGUUAUCAAAUUGAAUUGGGGCUUUAGAAUUUUUGACUCCGAGAUUGCUUUAAGAAGGGAGAGAGGCAAGUCACAUUGGGUCUGGGCCCCACAGAAUUGACCCUCGUACUUCCUGGGUUAGGAAAGCUCACAGAGGGGGCUGUGUUGCCCUGGUGGGGCCACAGCCUAGGAGGAGCUAGAAGUGAAACUGGAAGUGCGUUAAAGAAGCAGAUGGCGGUAUCAGGCUGCAUCGUCCGGCCAGGUUGAGCAGGGAGAGACUGAUUCUCAGCACAAACGUUACAUGGUCCACCUGGCAGACUUCUGGGAAGGUCAACAUGUUCGUAGUCAACUCGGGACAGACCUGAGACUCAGUGGAGGAAAAUGAGAGAAGAGCAAAGCGAGAGGUUGAGGCAGCGGCCUUGGGGUGCAGGAUUUCAAAGAAAAUUUCUGAGCCCUUAAGGGAGGCUGCAGGAAGUUAAAGGCGGAAUUCUGGGGACGUUUCCCCCCACCCCCAAAAGCUGUGGAAGUUGAGGGCAGAUGCACUUAAGGUGAAGAUACCCUUAUUAGAGCAGAAAAGGUGUAUCCCCUUGCUUUGUUUUAGCACGAUAGGUUCCCACUACUGUACUGGUGAUACAAAAAAGGUUAGCUGGUCUUAGGUAAUUUUUUUAUGCUUGGAGUUAAAAUUGAAAUUCACUUAUUUGAAAAGAAAACUGAAAACUUAUGAAAUAACACUGACACCUAAGAGCAACACAUUUCCAGGGUGGUUUAAUGGUAGUUAUGUUACUACACAAAGGGCCCGAUCUGCUGCCUGCAAGACAAUGCCAGUCAUAAAGAGGCAAGAUCGGGGCAGAGAAAGGGCAUUUUAUUACAGCUUGCUACCAAGGGGAAACAUGGCCAACUAAUGUCUGAAAGAACCAUCUUAAGGGGGACACAGAAUCUUGAAGCAGUUACAUGGGCCAGUGGGUUAUAGGGAGGGGGUGAGGAAUGUCGACUCUCUGGUGUUACAGGCUGGGAGUCGCCACACCAGAUAGUCUGUCUGUUGAGGGGUCACCUCGUUCCUAAGGAACUCAAAAGAACAAAGCUGUCAUCUUCUUGCAGCUGAGAUUUGCAUGCACAAGUGGGGGUCAUAAAAUCUACAGAACAGUUAGAUCUCCUGGAGGGUGCAUAUCCAGCUGGGUUAGUCAGAGGUCAUUCAAAGUUACAAUAUGGUUUCUUUUCUACAAUAUGGCUUCCCUUAUGUCAACCUUGGGUUGAGCCAGUAUCAGUUAUGUGCUGUCUGUCACAAAGAAAGGAUGACAUUGCUAACAUGCUCUGCGUAACUAGGGCAUGCCGUGCUGAUGUUUUCCCCCCGGGAGUGAUAGAUUCAAAUUCAGAGAGAUUAAAAGCCACUGCUCUUUCUGCUGGCCUCCUCCUUCCCAUCCCCAGAAGCCACUCAUAGAUCCUCUGUGUGCAGGUGGUGGGGGUUAUAUGGACUGGGGUUGGGUUUAUGGCUCUGAGGUGGACCAGCGCUUCUCACACUUUGCUUAUACUUACUUAUACUUUACUUAUACAUCACUUGGUUCUUGUUAAAAUGCAGAUUUCCAGCAAGGGCACAGGGGGGGAUGGUGAAGUAGUUCUGAGUAGCCAGUGGAGCAGUGGCUCUCCAACUCUAGCCUGCAGAAUCUUCAUGCGGAGGGCUGGCCAAAAGGGAGUUUACUGGGCCCACCUCCUGAGCUUCUGAUUCACCUCACUAGGGUGGGCCUGAUACUCUGCAUUUUAAACAAAUUCCUGGGAGAUGCUACCACCCUGUGGGGAGGGGCAUAUUUUGAGAGCCACUGAGCUAGAGUAUAAAUAACCCUGAGGAGAAUCAUGGCUUUUUGAGCAUUCUUUUAUAACUGAACUGAAAAUGGUGGAAGAAGGGUUGCAGAAAGUAAUAGAGGAAUCAGUACUGCCAUGUUAACCUAAUAACGCCUCAUAAAACAAUCCUGCCGGCCCUGGUGGUCCAGUAGUUAAGUCGGUGCUCUCAACACCUGUCGCCCUGGGUUCGUUUCCCACACGGAACCACACUACCCAUCUGCUUGUCAUACCACUGUGGCUGCACGUUGCCAUGAUGCUGAAAGCUAUGCCACUGGGGUUUCAAAUACCAGCAAGGUCUCCCGUGGUGGACAGGAUUCAGCUUCCUGGAAGGGUGGAAAGAGUACUAAGUUCCAGAACGCUUGGGUUCCAGGCCCUGCUCUACUUCCAACUGGCUGUGUGAUCUUCAGCAAGUCCCUUCUCUUGUCUGGGCCCCACUUUCCCUCCUGUACAAUGAGAGGAUUCUUCUGGAUGAUCUAAUAAUCUCUUUCCUUGCCCCAGCCUGCCCUUAUCCCUCGUUACACCACCCCCUGUCCAACUGGCCCUGACGUUCCAGAAGCAGUCUUGAACUGAGCUUUGAAGGACCCAGGUGGCACUCACAACCCAUCUCUGAGUUUCCUCCUUAGCUCUGGGCCCUGGGCCCAAGUCCUGAUAGGGUACCUGGCUUUGGCAGGUCGGAGCCUUCAGAGGGCAGAAAGACCCUGAGCCUCUGAGGAAGGCCUCAGGGGGACCUGCAUUGUGAUGACCUCAUCGACUCUAUGACAUCAUCCCCUCUCCCAUCCUCUACUCCUCCCCCGUCAGCUGCUCUGCACACAACCAUCAGUCUGAAUCCCAACGGCCUGAGAAAGUCUUCUCUCCAGUACCUGCUGCUGAUCUUCUGCCUCAGCUAGCAAGAAGCACCAUGAAAUGGGAAUUCACUGAGAAAAACUACGACAGCUUCCUGCUGCAGAAACUGAAUGAACAGAGGAAAUGCAAAGAGUACUGGGAUGUGGCCCUGACUGUGGACCACCAUGUUUUUUAUGCACAUCGCAAUGUACUGGCUGCUGUUUCUCCAGUAGUCAAGAGCCUCAUCUCUAGUGAUGAAGUGAAGACCACUGAUGAGCUCUUUAUCACCCUUGACCCCAACUACCUGAGUCCGGCCACGGUGGACCAGCUCCUGGACUACUUCUACAGCGGCAAGGUGGUGAUCUCAGAGCAGAACGUGGAGGAGCUCCUUCGUGGGGCCCAGUAUUUCAACACACCACGCCUUCGAAACCACUGCAAGGACUUCCUGAUUAAGUCCAUUAGCCCUGUCAACUGUUUGCACUACCUCAUCUUGGCCGAGAUGUUUGGGCUCAAAGAGGUAUCGGACUUGGCGUACUCAGGCAUCCGUGACAACUUCCACUACUGGGCCAGUCCUGAGGGCUCCAUGCCUGAGGACUUCAUGUGCUGUCCGCCUGUCAUCUUUGGCCGCCUGCUUCAAGAUGAAAACUUGCAUGUGCUCAAUGAGGACCAGGCUCUCAGUGCACUCAUAAAUUGGGUGUACUUCUGGAAGGAUGAGCGGGAGAAGUAUUUCAAGAAGUUCUUCAGUUACAUCAAUCUCAAUGCCGUCUCCGAUAAGACACUGAUGUUUGCCAGCAACAAGUUGAUGGACAUGGAGAACAGCUCAGCCCCUGUGACCCUGAUUGAGAGUGUCCUUGUGGAACGACAGCAGGACAGGCCAUCCAGCCUGCUGAGCUACCAGCGGAAAGGGGCCCUGCUUGAUUCGGUGGUCAUCCUAGGUGGCCAAAAGGCCCAGGGCAAGUUCAAUGAUGAAGUGUUUGCCUAUGUCAUCCAGGAGAACCUGUGGUUGAAGCUCUCAGAGAUGCCCUAUCAGGCAGCAGCACUCAGUGCCACCUCUGCUGGUCGCUACAUCUACAUGUCUGGUGGCACCACAGACCAGAUUUCAGGUCUAAAGACAGCUUGGCGGUAUGACAUGGAGGGCAACUCCUGGACCAAGUUGCCUGAGCUGCCGCUUGGUCUUGUCUUCCACACCAUGGUGACCUGUGGGGGGACAGUGUACUCAGUGGGUGGGAGCAUUGCCCCAAGGCACUAUGUCUCUGACAUCUAUCGUUAUGAUGAGCACAAGGAGGCCUGGUGCCUGGCAGGGAAGAUGAGCAUCCCUAUGGAUGCCACAGCUGUGAUCACCCACAGUGACCGGAACCUGUACAUUGUCACUGGACGGUGCUUGGUGAAGUGCUCCAUUUCCCGAGUUGGAGUGGUGGACUGCUUUGACACCAACACUGGGGAGGUUGUCCAGAGUAUCACCUUCCCCAUCGAGUUCAGCCACCGGCCCCUGCUCUCUUUCAAUCAGGACAACAUCCUCUGCGUGCACAGCCACUGGCAGAGCAUGGAAAUCAACCUACAGAAAAUCAAGGCCAACAGGACGAGCAUCUCACUGCCUCUCUUGCCCAACAACUGCCCCCUGGAUGAGUCCCAUGCUAUAUGCUCCAUCGGAGACGGCAGGGUGUUUGUAUGUGGGGGUGUCACCACAGCCACUGAUGUUCAGAAAAAGGACUGCACCAUCAAUCCAAACGCCUACUUGCUGGACCCGAAGACAGGCAACUGGAAGACCCUGGCCCCCCCACCAGAGGCACUGGACUGUCCCGCCUGCUGUCUAGUCAAGCUACCUUGCAAGAUUCUUCAAAGGAAUUAAACCACUUUUAGUUGGGAGAAUAAUUAGAUGCAUUAUUAUCCACAAUUUAGUGAGAGGGAGAAGGAGAGGAAGAUGGCCUGUGGGUUCCUUAUUAGUGUUCCUGUCUGUGUUUGGCCCUGAAGGGGAGAUCCUGGGCUAGGGCUGCUGUCACUGGAGGGAUCCAAGCUGAGGUGGAAUGGAGUUCCUGGUGGGGGGGACUGAGGCUUCUCUUGGGCACUGGCCAAGGGGGUAUUUGGAAACCCCCUGAUGUGUCCCCUGUAGCCGCCUGGAAGGCAUGUGCUAGACUAACAGGUGAAGCAGUUGCUUAGAGCUGUGAGGCCUUAGGCUCCUCCAACACUCACUUCCCUCGAGUCUGCCCGGGAAGGCAGGUGGGCCAAGGCCAGGACUGGGAGAGGAACCUCCUGGCUGGGAAGGAAGAAGGCGGUGUGGGCCAGGCUCAGGGAUGAGGCAGAGGGAACGGGGGAGGCAGGGUGACUUGGCUGUUGUAUUUGACCACGCAGCUGUGGUGUAUUUGUGAGGCACUUGGGGGGUUACUUAACAGUUGUUUCCAGAGAGCAAGGUUCAUGGAGAACUUUCUCCAGGCAUGUGAGUCUGAGAGACUGGAGGUGACAGAGAGGUCAUCAAGGGAGAGAAAAGAAACCUGUGUCUCUCUUGGAGAGCAGCUUGGGGAUGAGGCGAGAUGAUGGGAUAAGAGAGACAGGGCAGUGUAGUAGUUAAGGGUUGGAUGCUGGGGACAGAUGGCCUGGUCGAAUACCAGUUCCACCACUUACUAGGUCAUCCUGGGUGAGUUACUUACCAUCUCUGUGCCCUAGUUUCCUUAUCUGUAAAAGGUGGACAAUAAGAGUCCCCAUCAUCAUAGGGUCAUGGGAAGUGUAAGUGAGUUAAUACGUGCAUAAUGCUGACGACAGUCCCUGGCAUAUAUUAAAGGGCUACAAGAGUACUUUUUUUAGAAGGAAAAAAAAGAGAGGUUGAGGCAAGUGUCCAGGUUUUUGGGCCCUUAGAUUAAGUGAGGUCCCAUCAAAUGCUCUUUGAGACCUCCUCCCUCAAAGCCUCAGUGAGCUUUCCUCAGUUCUAACUCCCUCUGUUUCCCUUUCCGUCAUGUGUGUACUCAGACAUAAUCCUCAGCAAUUUAGAAGGAACUGACCGUGUCCUGCAACAGCUGUAGAAUCCUCGGUCAUCCCGUCUCUCAUUCAUCCAUGAAUUUACUUUCUCCUCCACUGCUCACUUCACACACACACUAUCAUUGAGGCCUCUCUGUGCAAGUCCCUGUUCCAGGUGCUGGGGCCACAGGCAUGACAGAGACAAUCCAUGUCCCUGGGAGGGAGUAUCUGUGCCAGUGCUCUGCAAAGAGAAUAUUAUGCAAACCACGUGAGUAAUUUAAAUAUAUCUAGUAGUCAUGUUAAAAAGGUGUAAGGAAGCAGGUAAAAUUAAUUUUAAUAAUAUAUUGUAUUUAAUCCAAUAUUUUCUAAAUAUUAUCAUUUAAAUGAGUAUUGAAUGUAAACAUUUAUUAAUGCUAUAUUUAACAUUCUUUUUUGCAUGCUAAGUCUUCAGAAUCCAGUGUGUAUUAUACACUUAGAGCACAGCUCAGUUUGGACUAGCCACAGGCACAAGGCCCCAGGAGGCUAGUGGCUCUUAUCAGACAAUGCUGAAUACUUUAUGUAUCCUGAUGGUUCAGAUCUGCUCCAUCUCCUUCCUUUUCCCACUCCGCCCUCCUCCACCUGCUCAGAAUCGUCUUCUUGACCUCUCUCUUGGCUGGCCUCUCUCUUCAAAGCCUACCCUCUGCCCAGGCCUGCCUUUCCUCCUUCCAGGCCAGGACCUUGGACUUCACAGCUGACCCUCUCUACCCUGGAACUUUCCCACAUUUCUCACUUCUCCAACCCUGGGCAGCCCCCUCCUCUGCUCACCUCUCUGCCAUCUGCCAGCUGGAAGAGCAGGGUCUUACAGAUCCAUGCAGCUAAGCCCAGCUGCCCCUUCCGCACCCCACCAGGCUUAGCUGACCGCUGAGUCCCCUCUCACUGACUCCAGAGGCCCACUCCCCACAGCUGAUUCUCCAGCCAUCUCUGGGGUCCUGGGGCCCCGCUCUUCCCCUGUCUUCUUUCUCGGCCACCUACCUCUCAUUCUGGCACCAGAGCUCGAGAGAAAUAGAGUCAGAUGAUCUGAGCUCCACAAACAGUCCCGUGUCCACCAAAACUCUCCCCAGAGCUCCUGCUGUUGAGCACCUCGGAGGAAGAGGCGUCCUUCCACGAUUCAAAGCUCGUGCCUCCCCUGUAUCUUCACUCUGUCCCCUCACAACUUCUCAGCCUCCUCUGUUCCCUCUCUCUCCACAUCCCCUUCCCGAUUCUUCUCUUCAUCCCACACAUAUUCUCAAGUUUGCUCUAUCCCCAAGCAAACCCUCCUCAGCUCUGAGGUCUGUCUCUUGCUGUCUGCCCAUCUCUUUCCUCAGUUGAGCUUCCUGAAUGUUGUCUGUGCUCUCUGGUUCCAGAUCAGUCUGUAACCCACUCAGCCUGGCUUCUGUUCCCAGCAUGCCCCCCAAGUGUCUCCUGACGACACUGUCCUCUUUGUCCUUUGCUCCACAUUCUUCUUUUCCUUGCAGUACUGGGCAGUAUUGACAACUCCCCCCUCAGCAGAAUCACUCGGGCGCUUGGUAGAAGGAGAUCGUUAGCACAGAGGGAUUAUAAUCUGAUAUAUUAACCAACUUGGGCCUCCCUUCUUCCUUCCUGAGCCCUUCCCACAUGAAAAUUAGACCGUGAGGCGGAAGCAUUCAGGGCUCAUCUCUGGAGGAGACCGGCACAGCUCAGUGUAGGAAUCAGAGUCAAAUUCUUGGCAUUUGCUGCUAGGGAAGCUUUGUCAAUUCAUAGCAGAGAUUAUGGUCUUGAAAGACGAGGCUUUUGAACUACAGCUCAGAUCUGCAAACUGGGUGCCUGAAGGCCUUCCACAGGAAGUUCAGACGUGCAUGGCUUUAAGGGAAUCAGUUUCCAGAUCCUCACGUUUUUUUCCUAGAACUGAUCCACCUGAGAAUAUGCCUAGAGAUUUCAUUCUAGUUCUCUUUCCCCACCUUCCCUUUCAAAAUUAUGUUUCAAACACUUUACACACACAAACAGUAACAUUUACCCAUCCCACAUCUUCCCGGAUGCACUGCCCCAGGAUGCCGCAUCAGUGUAACUGUGUCAGGCGUCAGUGAAGCCUCCUUUCAUCAACACACCAACAUCCAAAGAAGAGUUUCUUAUAUUUUUCUGUCUUAUCUAUACAUGUUUUCUGUUGAGGUGUGAAGUUGUGUGUUAAAAAACUAGGGUGUUUUGUCCAAGUUGGGUUGUUAAUGGACUGUCAUCAAAGAUGACCAGCAAGAUGGACUGAUGACAUUUAUAUAAGCUUUAUUGAGAUAUAAUUCACAUACGUUAUAAUUCACCCAUUUAAAGUGUACAGUUCAAUAACUCUUAGAAUAGAGUUGUGCAAUCAUUAUCAAAUCAACUUUAGAACAUUUUCUUUACACCAAAAAGAAACCUUGUACCCCUUAGCUGUCACCCUCUAACCCCCUCAUCUUCCCAGCCCUACACAGCCACUCAUCUACUCUCCAUCUCUCUGGAUCGGCCUAUUCUAGACAUUUCAUAUAAAUGUAAUCAUAUUAUAUGUGUCCUUUUGUCUGGCUUCCUUCACUUAGUGUAAUACUUCAAGGUUCAUCCAUCUCACAGGAUGUGUCAGUACUCCAUUCUUGUUUUAUGUCCGAAUAAUAUUCCAUUGUGUGGAUAUACCACAUUUUAUUUAUCCAUUUAUCAGUUAGCUUGUGGACAUUUGAGU